AUGUCGGCAUUGCCUUCAAAUUCAGGAGAAAAAAUGAGUGCACGUGGUGCAGCCUAUGAACGUAAAAAUAUUGUUCGUGAUCCAAAGACUGGUGAAACAUUUAUUCCUGGUUCACAACGACCUGAUGGAACAUGGAGAAAACCCAUUCGUGUACGCGCAGAUUAUGUUCCACAAGAAGAAAUGCCUGUCUAUCAAUCUAUGGGUCAACAAGCACAAAUGGAAACAAAAAAACGUAUUGAAAAUGGUAAUUUAAUUCCCGGAAUGGUUUUAACUGACGAAGAAAAAGCAGCACGUGCUAAAAAAUUAGCUCAAGAAGAAAAACAAAUGAGAAAUCAAAUGGCUAAAUUAACAACACGAUCAACACCUGAAGAUGAUAAAGCAAAAGAAAUAAAAAAGACACAAAAAUUAUUAAAAGAAAUUAUGGCGUUAGAAAAACGUUAUGAAGAAAAUGCAUCAAGUUUAGAUAAAGAUCAAAUUGUAAAAAUGAAAAGAAAAGAUGAACUUGAGAAAAAACUUGAAGAAUUAAAUGAUCAAUAA